AUGACUGCCCGAGAGAUGUCGUGCCUGGGAAUCAAUUGGAUCUUGGGACCUGCGCUGGACGUAAUCCUCGACAGUGCUGUCCCAGGCUUUGGAUCUCGAUCCUUUGGAGAUGAUCCCGAAGAGGUCGCCAAAAUGGGCAGAGCGUUCAUCCGGGGUCUCAGGGACGGAGGGGUCGCCUCGCUGGCCAAACACUUUCCUCUCGGCGGUAGCCUGAAAUUCGACGAGUCUUCAACCACAGUUCCCAUUAUCCAUGAAACGCUGGAGCAACUUCGGCACAAAGUCCUCGUACCCUUUCGAGAGGCUGUCAAGGAGGGCGUGCCCUCCGUCAUGGCCUGCGGCGUCGCUAUAUCAUCUCUGGGUCCACGUUUACUUCAUGCAUGCUUUUCGAGGAAGAUAGUUACAGAGCUUCUGAGAGAACAGCUGGGGUUUGAAGGCGUGGUGGUCUCAGAGUGUCUUGAAAUGACGUCCAUCGCACCCAACGUCGGCGUUGGUCAGGCAACUAUCAUGGGAAUCCGUGCCGGUUGCGAUAUCCUCACCAUUUGCCGAUCGCUUCCACUGCAAGUGGAGGCUUUUGCAUCCUUGUCCCUCGCUCUGGAAAACGGCGGUCUCUCAUGGGACUUGAUUCAAAGGGCCACCGAGCGGGUUAUGAGGCUCCGUGCGGCGCACACCUCCUGGUCUCGAGCCUUGAAUCCAGGGGCGCUACAGCAGCUGGCGCCCAAUCGUCUAAGCCACCGCACGUUAGCGACACGUGUGUACAAGGAGUCAAUGACUCUUAUUCGCGAUGACGCAGGCAACAUCCCUCUCACAAAGGUCCUGUCUGAUUCCAGCACGGUCCUGAUUCUCUCGCCGCUUUUACUGCAUAGAACGUCUGACGGAGCAAGCACCACGACAAGUUGUCCCCCUCUGCCGGCACCUCGAGAAACUGCAAAAACAGUAUUACAAAAAGGGGAAGAGCACUUUCAACAUUUUGGCCAUGCCCUGGCUUCGUAUAAAAUCGGUCAAGUACUCCACACAUCAUACACGUCUCAUGGAGUCCGUGAAGAGCACGAGAGACUCAUCGCCGACGCCGAUGCGAUCAUUAUUUUCACCGCAGAUGCCCUGCGCAACCAGUACCAGGUCGCCUUUGCAAAGCACGUCGCCGCGAUUUGCAAACUCCGAGCACUGGACAACAAUCGGCCCAAACGGCUUAUACUAGCCUCAGUCAGCACUCCCUUUGACUUCCCCACGGAAGCGACCUGGUUUGGGACACAGAUAUGCGCCUACAACAGUAGCAUAAUUGCCCUACGCUGCUUAGCCGGCGUACUGGGCGGGGAGGUUGCCCCAACGGGGCGUCUUCCAAGGCUCACCCCGGCGCGAGAAGUGAGUAUUGCGGAGGGAACUCACCACCAGACAUGGCUGGUGGAACAACUCGAUUUAGAGAAGGACCAGCAAGCGCUUGUGAGAUUCUUCAAGGAAACGGCUCAAGACAAUCCAGACGGAAGGAGUCCUAGAGAAGAUCUGUAUGCUCUUCUCGUUUCUUGUUAUUCAGAGAAUAUGCGACGGCCCUUUGAUACCAGACUGCCAGUCGACUUCCAGGGGUUCGUCAUUCGCAACACAAGUACCAAAGUUAUCUAUGGUUUUGCCUCUGCUCUAUACUGGCCUCAUCUCCGACGGGGAUUUCUUGGAGAUGUUUUGGUUCUUCCAGAGCGGCGGGGCUUGUCUAUGGGACGCGAUUUGUGCACUUCAGUUGCAAGAUAUCUCACCCAGAGGCAUCGCAUCGACCGCAUACAGUUCGGGAGCCCAAUCCUAGCCACUACUCCAGGACUUCCCGUUCCGGUGGACUCUAAUUCCCCUUCAGAUUUAGGAUUCUUUACAUCUCUGAAACGCUUGAGUGGCUGGGAUUUUACCCUUAACACGAACACCCCAAGACUUGCUUCAUUUCGCAAUGCACGCCUUGACUCAACAUACCAAGAAUGUGUUCAGAGAGGUUGGACACGCCAAUCAGGUGCCGAAACUCUCGUCAUCGAGCAAACACAAAGCACUCGCUGCGGGCGAGAGCUUUUGGGACUGGCUCGUGAGACCGCUGCUAUCAGGACAAGAAACUACUGGAUUCUGUCUUUGAUCAACCAGGAGGUCGAUCCAAGCAGAGAAGAAAGCUUCAUCUCGGAUGAAAGCUUCCAGGAAUUGAAACAAUCGGGGUUAAUCGCGACUCUGGCAGGAUCAGGUCGCACUGUGGCAUUCCUACCGCUCGUCACUCGCGAGUGCCCUCUCGCACGUUAUACUCCUAGCCUCCGAUCAUUGCCUGCUUCAACCCUUGCUCUUCUAUGUCCCAUUAUUUCGCAAGCGGGAUCACGGGAGACACAAUCUCGGAGAGACAUUCUACGGCAGCUGCUUGUUGUUGCUGUCGACGAUGCAAGGCGGCGAGGAAUGCAGACUCUUGUCGCUCAUGCGAUACCCACCUCCGAUCUGUUUGCAGAGGUCCUCAUGGAUUCCGGGUUUGCGCAGGAGGCUACCUUUGCUGCCAUCGACAUGACUUUGGGCGACACGUCGCAGUAG